AGUAAUGCAAAAGAAGUGCACAACGGGGAAGCCAGAUCAGAAAGAUCUCAGUGAAAAUCUGGCAGCUACUCAAGGACUGGCACACAUGAUCACUGAAUGUGAUAGACUUUUUGAGAUUCCACAUGAGAUGUUUUGCCAGUCUCGGAACUCUUACAUUGAGGCUGAAGUACGUUCUCCAACUUUGGAGGAUCUGGGCAAGCAAAUGGAUGAAGAAAAUGGAAAUUACCAGACCUACAUAGAAAAUCUAAUACAGAAUCUUUGUAAAGAUGCUAAGGACAAAUUCAAAGGAUGGGUCACUUGUUCCAGCAUGGAAAAUACUGACCUCUGCUACAAAAAAGUUGGCGAUGGAAAUCCAUUAAGACUAUGGAAGGCAUCUGUAGAAGUCGAAGCUCCUCCAUCAGUUGUCUUGAACCGUGUGCUAAGAGAAAGGCACCUUUGGGAUGAGGAUUUCUUACAAUGGAAAAUAGUAGAAACCUUGGAUAAGCAGACGGAGAUCUAUCAGCAUGUUUUGAAUAGUAUGGCUCCCCAUCCGACUAGAGAUUUUUUAGUUCUCAGGGCCUGGAGAACAGAUUUACCUAAGGGGAUGUGUGUGCUAGUGGCUAUCUCUGUAGAACACGAUGAAACGCCUUUGAUGGGGGAUGUGCGAGCAGUUGUCCUGGAUUCCCAAUAUUUGAUAGAACCUUGUGGCUCUGGAAAAUCUCGACUGACACACAUCUGCAGGGUUGACCUCAAAGGUCAUUCAUUAGACUGGUACAAUAAAGGCUUUGGACAUCGGUGUUUAGCUGAAGUGGCCAAUAUCCGAAAUUCAUUUCAGCCUCUGAUCGCUGAGGGACCAGAAACAAAAAUCUGAAAAAUGGAGAACCUGCACAAGUACAUAAUGCCAUGCAUACCUGACAAUCACUGGAUUUACAUCUUUCUUUGCAUGCCAGUUAAAGAAGAGCUGCUUGGAAAAUUCUGCCAUUAUUUGGAUUUGUUACGUAACAAAGUGGCCCACAUUUAUAAUUGCCUUCACUGAAGAACCAUUUCCACUGCUACUUCUUUCUGACUUUAAAAGUAAACUUAUGUCCUGUAUAGUUUUGAUAUUUAAAAGCUUCUGGGAAGCUUAUUUUAAAAUGUUUAUAUGUAAUUAUUAUUAUUCAAUAUAAAUAUUGUAUAUCUUUUAUUAUGUAUAAUAUGUGUAUAUAUUUACAUCUAUCUCUUUAUAGAUAGAUACUGCUAUACAAAAAGAAGUUUGGUAUAGAAACUAAAGUGUUCUGGAAAAAAA